GAGGGGGGCCAUGUUGUUAGUGAGUGUGUAGUUACCCAGCAGCAAUGGUGUUUUGUUAAUGCAGCUCACCAGACGGCAUUUGUAUGGUUCGCUCGGUUAAAAACGUUUGAUUACAACUGUUCAGCGGCGUGUGAACAACGGAGAGCUAUGUUUUUAUUGUAUGCACUUAUUUAACUACAAUAGCUAGCUAGUAAUUUUUGGGUGGUAUUUUAUUUAUUUUUAUUAUCAAACUGAAAAGGUUUCCCCGUGGAAUGAGCGUUCCAUGCAGCAUCCUAGGUAUGAAUGACGUGGCCUGGCAGGAGACACGAGGCGGGAUGCUGCACACAAACGGUGCUCCUGAAGCCGGGGGCGUCAGAGUUCACGGAGGGGGAUCCCUGGCUGCCAUGGGGGUUGCAGGUCAGGGUCCCGGAGGGCCACACCGUCUGCAGGGACCCAACCCCAUCCCAGGUACCCCACAGCCUCCACUAAGUGGGCGCUCUCAGGAUGAUGCCACAGUGGGCUACUUCUUCCAGAGGCAGCCUGGGGAGCAGCUGGGAGGUUGCACCUCCAGCAAGCACCGUUGGCCCACUGGAGACGGCAACCACGUUGACCAGGUUCGAACUGUGGAUGAGAUGAACUAUGGUUUUCAAGCCCUUGCUUUGGAGUCCAGGGGCAUGGGUGAGCUCCUGCCAGCAAAAAAACUGUGGGAUUCGGAUGACUUGUCCAAGGAUGGAAGGAAAGGGAUGCUCCUUGGAGAGGAAUGGCGGGAGAAUGCUUGGGGAUCUUCUCAUCACUCUGUGUCCCAACCAAUCAUGGUGCAGCGACGACCCGGACAGGGUUUCCAUGGGAACGGCGACGCCAACUCCGUGCUCUCCCCUCGCUCCGAGGGCGGAGGCCUGGGCGUGAGCAUGGUGGAGUACGUCCUGAGCUCCUCCCCCGGGGACAAGAUGGAUGGCCGCUACAGGAACGGUGGCUACGGCGGCGGGGACGCUGACCCGGACGGGAGGGAGAAAGGUAACGCCCAAGACCAGACGUCUCCGUUUGAAGAGGACAAGAGCCCAGAAAUGAAAGUGGGAGAGGAGAGUGAUGCGGCCAAGGCCAAUGGGAGAGGCCUGCUCAAUGGCAUGGACAGAGACUGCAAAGACUUCAAUCCCACCCCAGGAAGUCGCCAGGCCUCCCCCACCGAGGCGGUGGAGAGGAUGGGCCCUGGCCAGGCCGGACUGGAGAUGAUGGUCCAGCACCAGCAGCACCAGCAUCAGCAACACCACCUCCAGCACCAGACCAUGCAGCCCCAGAGCAAACCCCAGCAGCAGGAGGACUUCCAGAGCCAGGAGGCCCAGAACAUGGGCAACAUGGAGCAGCAGCAGGGUGUGGAGUCACUCCAGUUCGACUACGCCGGCAACCAGAUCCAGGUAGACUCCUCCGGCACCCCCGUCGGCCUGUUUGACUACAACUCCCAGCAGCAGUUGUUCCAGAGGUCCAACCAUCUGACUGUCCAGCAGCUCACUGCUGCCCAGCAGCAACAGUAUGCCCUGGCUGCUGCCCAGCAACAACACCUUGCCGGCCUUGCUCCCGCGUUCGUGCCAAACCCAUACAUCAUCAACACUGGACCCCCCGGAACCGACCCUUACACCGCUGCAGGACUGGCCGCAGCAGCUACACUUGCCGGGCCUACAGUGGUUCCUCCCCAGUACUAUGGUGUUCCUUGGGGCGUGUACCCUGCCAACCUCUUCCAGCAACAGGCUGCCAGUCACAACGCUAACCAGCAGGGAUCCAAUCAAGGACCGGGGCCAGGACAGCAACAGGUGAUGCGCCCCGGGAACAACCAGCGCCCUCUCACCCCUGGUCAGGGCCAACAGAGCCAGCAGGAGUCUCUGGCAGCAGCUGCCGCUGCCAACCCUGCCCUCGCCUACGCUGGUAUGCCAGUUUGUCUGUCUCCUGCCCACCCAGGUUACCAGAUGCUGGCCCCCGCCGCUUACUACGACCAGAACGGAACCCUGGUGAUGGCCCCUGGGGCCCGCGGAGGUCUGGGAGGGCCCGUCCGCCUGGUCCAAACCCCGCUCCUCAUCAACCCACAGGCCGCAGCGCAAGCUGCGGCUGCGGCGUCAGCGUCCGGCUCAGGCAACAACAUGUCAGGCCCCCAGCCCAACGGCCUGUACCGCUCCAUGUCCCAACCCCAGCAGCAGCCCCAGCAGCAGCAGAACCAGGGCUUACCCUCCAGCUCCUUCUACGGCUCUGGGUCGGUGCCGGCCAGCUCCCAGAGCAGCUCCCUGUUCUCCCACACCUCCCAGGCUCCACCGCCCACCUCGUCUCUAGGAUUCAGCGGUGCCGGCGGCUCACUGGGCGUGGGACUGGGCUCGGCGCUCGGAGGCUUCGGCUCCUCAGUGUCGAGCUCCACCAGCAGCAGUGUCUCUCGCCGGGACUCCCUGCUGGCCAACUCGGACCUGUACAAGCGUGGAGGUGGUAGCAGCCUCACCCCCAUUGGUCAGCCCUUCUACAACAGCCUGGGCUACUCCUCGCCCAGUCCCAUUGGCCUAACACCGGGCCACUCCCCCCUCACACCCCCACCCUCUCUGCCCUCCUCUCACGGCUCCUCCUCCAGCCUUCACCUGGGCGGGCUGACGAACGGCAGCGGGCGCUACAUCUCGGCGGCGCCCGGCGCGGAGGCCAAGUACCGCAGUGCGGGGGGCACCUCCAGCCUGUUCAGCUCCAGCAGCCAGCUGUUCCCGCCGUCUCGGCCCCGCUACAGCCGCUCAGACGUCAUGCCCAGCGGGCGCAGCCGCCUGCUGGAGGACUUCCGCAACAACCGCUUCCCCAACCUGCAGCUGCGUGACUUGCCCGGCCACAUGGUGGAGUUCUCCCAGGACCAGCACGGCUCCAGGUUCAUCCAACAGAAGCUGGAGAGGGCCACCCCAGCAGAGAGACAGAUGGUGUUUGGGGAGAUCCUGCAAGCAGCCUACCAGCUGAUGACAGACGUGUUUGGCAACUACGUCAUCCAGAAGUUCUUUGAGUUUGGCAGUGCGGAUCAGAAGCUGGCUCUGGCCACGCGUAUCCGCGGCCACGUGCUGCCCCUGGCCCUGCAGAUGUACGGCUGCCGGGUCAUCCAGAAGGCCCUGGAGUCUAUCUCCUCUGACCAGCAGGUAAUUAGUGACAUCGUACGAGAACUGGACGGCCACGUGCUGAAGUGUGUGAAGGAUCAGAACGGGAACCAUGUGGUGCAGAAGUGUAUCGAGUGUGUCCAGCCCCAGGCCCUGCAGUUCAUCAUCGACGCCUUCCAGGGCCAGGUGUUUGUGCUGUCCACCCACCCUUACGGCUGCAGGGUGAUUCAGAGGAUCCUGGAGCACUGCACCCAGGAGCAGACCCUGCCCAUCCUGGAGGAGCUGCACCAGCACUCUGAGCAGCUCGGCCAGAAAUAUCAAGGCGUUUCAUUGGAGAUGACACCCAAAACAUAUUAUACAGUGUCCAGCGACGCACUGUUUAAGGAUCAGUACGGCAACUACGUCAUCCAGCACGUCCUGGAGCACGGCAGACCCGAAGAUAAGAGCAAAAUUGUGGCAGAGGUCCGCGGAAAAGUGCUCCUCCUGAGCCAGCACAAAUUUGCAAGUAACGUGGUGGAGAAGUGCGUGAUCCACUCGUCCCGUGCCGAGCGGGCCCUGCUGAUUGACGAGGUGUGCUGCCAGAAGGACGGCCCCCACAGCGCCCUGUACACCAUGAUGAAGGACCAGUAUGCCAACUACGUGGUGCAGCGGAUGAUCGACAUGGCCGAGCCCGCCCAGCGCAAGAUCAUCAUGCACAAGAUUCGGCCCCACAUCGCCACCCUGCGCAAGUACACCUACGGCAAGCACAUCUUGGCCAAGCUAGAGAAAUACUACAUGAAGAGUAGCUCUGACCUGGGGCCCAUCGGAGGGCCCACCAACGGCCUCAUGUAGUCCUGCCUUCUGUGUCCACUGACUAAAGGCCAGAGUAGGAGCUGCCCCCCUCACCUUAUUUCUAGUUAUGUAAAGAGGUGCUCCUGAGCCAUCAGGGCUGACCUUUGACACCCUCUGAAUUACCAAAAAGAUUUAAACGUCACCUGUGAAAUGCUGUGACAUCUGACCCCUGCCACUCUAAUGCUACCCUCAGCGCUUGUGGCCACCAUGGAGGGUAGCAGACAGUUUUGCAGGCAAUCUCUUGGGUAAAGCACAGCCCCCCCCCCCCACACACAAUUUGUUUAUGAUGUAACUGGCUGGUUUUUCUUAUAUAAUCCUGUACAUUUAGUUUUUUUACCUUGUAAAUUCUCUGUAGAAAAAAAAAAAGAACCGCAUUUGCUGAUAAUGUACAAUUCUUACAAUUACACCAGCAAGUGACUUUAUAAGGACGAACUUGAGUGAUCCUUUUAAACAAUUUUUCAUUUGUUUUUGUACCCAGACUUACUACUACUAUCAGCUGUUAUAAUUAACUUUCUACUACCACAAAAUGAUCCCAAUGCCAAAGCAGCUGAUGGAUCCAUUUCUUCUUCUUGCACUGCAUAGUAUGGAUAGAUUAUGAAACCCAUCUGUCCCACUGACGAUUACUAUGUCUCUCGUGCCAAUGAGUUAGUCAUCCACUGGUCUCUACUUGAACACCUACAAUGCUUUGUGCUUCAUUUUUAGUGGAGUGUCAUCCACUUGCCGGCUUGUGAUCGCCUCGAUUUAAAAAAAAAAAA